AUGCGCAAGGACUUGCAAGAAAGCAUUCAAUUGCACGGUCUGAAUGCUGCUACGGAUUAUGCUCAUACACAACCAACCAACGAUAUCCUAGAGGAUGUUGAUGAUGCCAGACUGGAGAAAGGUAUCCGUCCACUAUCCGCUACACGGAGAAUCGUGCUACAUGACGGCAAGAGAGUGACAGUCCCUGGCGUUAAACCCCAUAACGUAUCCGAAACCUCUGAACAAUUCGACCCAGAAUCACUGUUUAUUGUCGGCUUCGAUGGUCCCAAUGACCAACUCAAUCCCAAAAACUGGUCUAUGGGACGAAAAUGGUCGACAUUGGGCAUCGUUGGCACUACGGGUAUGCUGGUCGGAUGGGCUUCAUCAAUCGACUCCACUGUGAUCAAACAAGGACAGGAGGAAUACGGGGUCAGCGAGAUUGUCGAAUCCCUAGCAACAGCGCUUUUCCUGAUUGCUUUCGGCAUCGGCUCUCUUGUGGCUGCACCCUUUUCUGAGACCGUUGGACGAAACCCAGUCUACAUCGUUACGUUGUUCAUCCUUAUGAUUUUUACAAUGGCCUCAGGACUCGCACCAAAUAUCGGAGCCCAACUUGCCUUCCGUUUCCUGGCCGGACUCUUUGGAUGUACGCCAAUGACCACGUUUGGCGGCAGUAUGGCCGACAUCUUUGACCCCAUCGAGCGCACUUAUGCCUUUCCAAUUUGCUGCACACUCUCAUUCCUCGGACCCUUUCUUGCUCCAAUGGUUGGGUCGUUUAUUGGCCAAAGCACGCACAUCAGUUGGCGCUGGACUGAAUGGUGCACGAUGAUCAUGGCUGGGCUAGUGACAUCUGCCAUCUUCUUCUUUGUUCCAGAAACCUAUGGGCCAGUACUGUUGGGGUGGAAAGCGAAACACCUCCGUGAAAUCACCGGUGACCAACGUUUCAAGGCGGAGUUUGAAUUACGACAGACACCGCUCUUCACUCGGUUGAUGCACAGCUGCUCUCGCCCUUUCAACUUGUUCUUUAGAGAAAUCAUGGUGACGCUCUUUACUAUUUAUCUCGUCGUCGUUUAUAUCGUUCUUUUUGGGUUCUUGACGGGUUAUGAGUUCAUCUUUGGCGACACAUAUGGCUUCAAUCAGGGUUCCGUGGGAUUGACGUUUAUUGGUAUGAACGUAGGUUUCCUGAUUGCAUUUGCCCUAGUGCCACAUGUCUACUUCGCAUACAGGAAGAGACUCUCAAAAGCCAUUGCGAAUGGGGAGAAAACCCUUCCACCGGAGGAGCGGCUUUGGUUCGCUAUGUACGGUGCUCCUUGGUUGCCAAUCUCUCUUUUCUGGAUGGGUUGGACCAGCUACCCCUCGGUUUCUUACUGGUCACCUUUGAUAGCCUCGGUGGCUUUUGGAUUCUCUGUUCAGGGAAUAUUUAUCUCAACAUAUCAGUAUCUCAUCGACACGUAUGAGCUUUUCGCGGCUAGUGCGUUGGUGAGCGCCACUUUCUUCCGAUAUAUUGCCGCUGGUGCCAUGGUCAUCGUGUCAAUUCCAAUGUACAGCAAUUUUGGUGUUCAUUGGUCUCUCACGUUGUUAGGAUGUAUCUCCACCGUGAUGACACCCGUCCCAUUUGUUUUCUACAAAUAUGGGCAUUUAAUUCGACAGCGGAAUAUAAACAGGGCUUGA